CGGUCAUUGAAUAAAUAUUAAAUUUUUUCUUGGUCCAUAGUCAUCUAAUAAUUUUCUCUUCGUCGCCUACCCCGCCAAUCUCGGCUUCACCAUUCUCCGGCGCCGACCUGACCUCCACUCCACGCGCCAUGGCAGCGACUUCCAUUGCACGAUCCGCCGCGACUCAUCUCUCACCACCUCUCCCAUCGAAGCCCUCGCCGUCUGAUCACUUCCCUAGAACAACACUAAAGUUCUGCCCGAAACGGCGUCGUUGUGCCGUCGUCCUCGCCUCUCUUCACGGAGACGGAAACGGAAAAAGCCACCACCAGGUAGGCGGUGCUCUGGAUUUGGAAGACUUGCCGUUCGACGACGCAUCCAAAGACGUGCACACUCUUCCAAGACCUUUGUCUUCGACGUUCGCCUCCAAUUCGGUUGCUGAGGGCUCUCGUCUUCGUGUUGCGUAUCAGGGUGUUCAAGGAGCAUACAGUGAGUCAGCUGCUCAAAAGGCAUACCCAAAUUGCGAAGCAGUGCCUUGCGAACAAUUUGAUACUGUAUUUGAGGCUGUUGAACGGUGGCUUGUGGACAGAGCAGUUUUACCAUUUGAGAAUUCAUUAGGUGGUAGCAUCCACAGAAAUUAUGACCUUAUACUCCGGCAUAGUUUGCAUAUAGUAGGGGAAGUGAAACUUGCAGUUCGGCAUUGCUUACUAGCUAACCAUGGUGUUGAAAUUCAAGACCUAAAAAGGGUUCUCAGCCAUCCACAGGCUCUUGCUCAGUGUGAGCACACAUUAACCAGGUUUGGAUUAGUCAGAGAGGCAGUGGAUGAUACUGCUGGUGCAGCAAAGCAUGUUGCAUUCCACAAACUGAAAGAUUCGGGAGCAGUGGCCAGCUCUGCUGCUGCAGGGAUAUACGGUCUGAAGAUACUUGCAGAGGAUAUUCAGGAUGAUAGUGAUAAUGUUACUCGAUUUUUAGUCCUCGCAAGAGAACCUAUCAUUCCUGGCACAGAUAGGCCAUUCAAGACGAGUAUAGUUUUCUCUCUAGAGGAAGGCCCGGGAGUCCUUUUUAAGGCACUUGCUGUUUUUGCAUUGCGUCAAAUCAAUCUUACAAAGAUUGAGAGCCGUCCCUUGCGGAAGCAGCCCCUGCGAGCAUCUGAUGAUAAUAAUGGUGGAAUUCCAAAACCAAAAUACUUUGACUAUCUUUUCUAUGUGGAUUUUGAAACAUCGAUGGCUGAUCAUAAUGCACAGAAUGCCCUUAGGCAUCUCAGGGAGUUUGCUACAUUCUUGCGGGUACUAGGGAGUUACCCAAUGGAUGGAAGCAUGCUAUGAUUGACCUACAAUUGUGAUACAGGGUUUAUGAAGGUACCUUUAAUAUGGAUCUGCGUUGUUGAGCUUCUGUCUGUCAUUAUUGUCCCGAGUUAAGGAAAAGAAUUGAAUCAUAGGACAAGCUGUUGUAGAGCUCGAUUUCCUGGUUGGUUUUGUAUGUCCUGCAAGUAUAGUAGUUGGGUAAUAUCUUGUUAAUAGAAGCUGGUUAACAUUGCAGUUGGAUGCAAUUUUGUAGUGGCUUUCGCUGAUUUUUGCCAUUCAAUUGUUUAUAACUACUUGAUGAAUUAUCAAGGUUUCUCCUUUGUUGUUGAA